UGAUCAGCACUUACCGCACUCCAGCAUUUACCGAUUCCGUUGACGUUUCUUUGGGGUUUACCCCAACCACACGUUGGAGGUAGAGCAUGGCUGCUGGGUUCAAGACGGUAGAACCUUUGGAAUUUUACCGAAAAUUUCUGAAGGAGAACUGCCGCCCAGAUGGACGAGGUCUGAGUGAAUUCAGGACAACUACAAUAAAUAUUGGUUCCAUCACCACGGCAGAUGGUUCUGCUUUAGUGAAGAUUGGGAACUGCACUGUGAUUUGUGGCAUUAAAGCAGAAUUUGCUGCUCCCACGACGGAUGCUCCUAAUAAGGGCUAUAUCGUUCCCAACGUGGACCUUUCACCUUUGUGUUCUCCGCGUUUCCGCCCUGGACCUCCUGGAGAAGAAGCCCAAGUGGCCAGUCAGUUCAUCGCUGACGUUAUUGACAAUUCACAGAUGAUACAGAAAGAAGACUUAUGCAUCGCAAAUGGAAAGUUUGUGUGGGUUUUGUACUGUGACCUGAUGUGUCUGGAUUAUGAUGGAAAUCUUCUUGAUGCCUGCACUUGUGCAUUGGUGGCAGCUUUAAAAAAUGUACGUUUGCCAUCUGUUAAAUUUAAUGAAGAAACUGAUUUACCAGAAGUUGAUUUUAAUACAAAAAGUGCAUUAAAAAUCCUAAAGCAUCCAAUUGCUACGUCAUUUGCCGUAUUUGAUGACACAUUUCUUCUAGUGGAUCCCACCGGGGACGAGGAGAACUUGGCCACCGGACUGUUAACUGUUGUGACAGAUGAAGAUGAGAGACUGUGCACUAUUCGUAAACCAGGUGGAAGUGCACUCACAGCAGAAAAGCUUCAGGACUGUGUCAGUCGAUCCAUCACAAGACACAAAGAGGUGCAAACGUUGCUGAAUGAAGUUCUAGAAAGCGUUAAGUCAGGAAAAUAGACUUAAUUAUUUUAAAAUAACGUGUAAAAAGUUGUAUUUGUUACAGUGGCUGAACAUUUUUGUACUCAAUAAAACAAUUCACUUUACAAA